AGGCUGUAAAACUGGAGUGACGAGGGGAAAUUUAAAGUUGUUGGUUUAAGAACCUGCAGCACAGGUGUGUUCUCUUCAUGACGUCACUCAGGAGAAAUGAAACUUAACUCAUUCAUAAACAGGAUCGUUUCCUUUCAGCAGGACUCAGUUUCAGCUUUACAUUUUCUUAGAGGAGCUAAAUCUGCUGCAUCUGAUCUCUAAAGAGCAGAAAGUGGAAAAGUGACACUCUUGUCAGUCAUGGCUUCCUCUAGAAGUUUCCUGUCUGAAGAUGAGUUACGAUGCUCUAUCUGUCUGGAUGUGUUCACUGAUCCAGUCUCUACUCCAUGUGGACACAACUUCUGCAUGGUCUGUCUCAGAGAGUACUGGAACAGCAUCUCACACUGCCAGUGUCCACUCUGUAAAGCAGAAUUCUCCAGAAGGCCUGAGCUCCGUGUGAACACCUUCAUCUCUGGACUGGCUUCUGAGUUCAAGAAGUCAGUUCAGGAGAAGUCCAGCAGAGCUCCAGUGAAACGUUUCUCCAAAUCUAAGAAGGUUCAGUGUGACGCCUGCAGUGAGGAUAAGCUGGAGGCUGUAAAGUCCUGUCUGGACUGUGGGCUCUCCUACUGUAACGCUCAUCUGAUGCCUCAUAAAACUGCAGCUAAACUCAAGAAACACAAUCUGAUGGAUCCUGUGGAGAACCUGGAGGACUACAUCUGCCAGAAACAUGAGAGACCCCUGGAGCUGUUCUGUAGAGACGACCAGACGUGCGUUUGUCAGUUCUGCACUGAGGGAGACCACCGGACUCACAGCACUGUUCCUAUAGAGGAGGAGAGUGGAGAGAAGAAGACUCAGCUGGAGAAGACACAGGCAGAAGUUCAGCAGAUGAUCCAGGAGAGACUGAAGAAGAUCCAGGAGAUCAAACACUCUGUAGAACUCAAUAAAAAAAUCAGAGAGAAGGAGAGAGCAGACAGUGUGGAGAUAUUCUGGGCUCUGGUGCGCUGCAUUGAGAGAAGCCAGGCUGAGCUGCUGGAGGUGAUGGAGUUGAAACAGAAAGCAGCAGAGAGGCAGGCUGGAGAGCUGAUUAAAGAGCUGGAGCAGGAAAUCACUGAGCUAAAGAAGAGAGACACUGAGCUGGAGCAGAUCUCCCACACUGAGGACCACCUCCACCUCCUACAGAUUUACCCGUCCCUCUGCAGACCCCCACACACCAAGAACUGGACUGACGUCAGUGUUAACACUCCUCUGAGUGUGGAGAGUCUGAGGAGAGCUCUGCCUCAGCUUCAGGAACAUCUCACACAGGAGAUGGAGAAGAUUGAUAAGAGUGAACUGAAGAGAAUUCAGCAGUAUGCAGUGGACGUGACUCUGAAUCCUGAUACAGCUCAUCCUUAUCUCAUCCUGUCUGAAGAUGGAAAACAAGUGAGAGAUGAAGAUGAAGAACAGAAACUCCCUGAUAAUCCAAAGAGAUUUGAUCUUUGUGUCUGUGUUCUGGGAAAGGAGGGUUUCUCCUCAGAGAGAUUUUACUAUGAGGUUCAGGUCAGAGGGAAGACUAAGUGGACUUUAGGAGUGACCAGAGAGUCCAGCAACAGGAAGGGAGAAAUUACACUGAGUCCUGAGGAUGGAUACUGGACUGUUUGUCUAAGGAAUGAAACUGAAUAUAAAGCUCUGGAUUCUCCUCGUGUCCUCCUCUGGUUGAAACAGGCUCCCCAGAAGGUGGGGGUGUUUGUGGAUUAUGAGGAGGGUCUGGUCUCCUUCUAUGAUGUUGAGGUCAGAUCUCAUAUCUACUCUUUCACUGGUCAGUCUUUCACUGAGAAACUCUAUCCAUACUUCAGUCCUGGUCUCAAUGAUGGAGGUAAAAAUUCAGCUCCACUGAUCAUCACUCCUGUUCAACAUUAUGAAUGAGGUUUAUUGUUUAUAUUAAUUUGGGGAGCGGUGUUUAUUUACUCUAACAGAAACUAAUUUGUUGUGUCAGAAAUUGUAAACUACAGUUAGAUUUCUGGAUAAAUUCAAUCAGAUUAUGUUUAACAAAUGAAUAUUGAUUAACAAUUUAUACCCAAAUAUUCUCUUUAUCUCUCUUAGAAAGAUCAUUGUCUGUUAUUCACUUUAGCUCCACUGUGAACGUGUGUUUCUCUAAACUUGUUUAUCUUGUUCACAGAAAUCAGCAAAAUACACAAUAAUGAAUUCUGUCUUCACUGGUUUUAAAAAUUCUGUUGUAUUACAGAAUCACUCUUUGUGCACUAGGUGGGGGUGUUGUACCUUUUAUUUUCUGUAUUAAAUAAUUCCUGAAUAAACUGUAAGA